CUGGAGCUUUUCAUCUCAACUUCCGCUUCCAGCAAUUUGACCGGCUUCCUGGUAUCUCCUUUCCUUUCUGCCCCUCUCCUCACCUUCCACUGCCCUUGCCCCUAUUCCCGUCUCUUCCUUCCUGCCCAUCGUUUACGCAUUUUUUUUAUCUUGUUUUAUUCUGCCAAAUCGACAAUUGGAGCUCGGCAUCACACAUUAGAGUUGCUUUCUGUGUCUUUUUUGUUGUCUUUCGUUUUUAUUACCCGCUCCGUUCCUUGAGUGUCUGUUUUGCUGUGUUUUUUUUUUUUUUUUUUUUUUUGUUUUCUUCUUUCUCUGUCCUCCUUGCCCCCUUUUAUCUUGUCUCUUUUCUUCCCCAUUUGGGACUCUUUUGGUGGUUGGUGGUCCGCAGGCCGCCCGACGUGCAUUUCUAGGUACACUUUCCGUGCCGUGUUCCUGUCUCGGGGCACUCAAUCUACUGUCCGAUCCGACAAAAGUCCUGCCUACUCCGUCCGACUCCAUCUCGACAUCUUGCCACCACAGGCUCUGAAGCAUCUUUGCGUACCGUACCUGCGCUCGUCCCGAGUCCAUCGUUGUUCUCAUCUGUUUUCACCAUCGAAGAUCGAACCAGAAUCCCACGCGAUCCGAGCCUCUUUUACUACUGCCUCCUGUAGCGUGGUAAUUUCGAACUACGAUUUCCAGGAAGAAACAAAACAACUCGUCGUAGCAACAGACGGCUUCACAUGGGUCAACGUUCACGGUAAAAGUGAGCAGCUCCCUGGACACCAAACACUCGUUCAUUUCAUCUUUCCCAGCUGGCCGCAGGCGUCCCUCUACGUUUUGCUCGUUUUGAACAUUCGUUUCUUGCUUGCGUUGAAUUUGAGAACUCGCCCCUUUGUAUGCCGAGGGUUACUACAUCACAUCGCCUAUCUGCCUGCUUUUUUUCUUUUCCCGGCCGUUCAACUUGGAUUUAAAUCACCUUGCUUGUUUGAUUUCCCAGCGAGAGAAACCCUGACAACUUCAUCAUUGGCUUUUUAUAAUUGCCUUACGUUACCUGCAUUCCCGCUUCUCUUCUAAUCGAAGGGAAACUCGCCGCUCGUUUUACUCAUCGAAACCCGAUUUACUCAAACCGGGUAACCUCUGUAUUUGCACAGAAUACUCUGUACUCAACACUAGGCACUUGUGUGUCCCGCUAUGGCUGCCUUGGUGCAACCAUAUCCUCAGCAGUCCGGAUCUAUCACGAUGCUUCAUACACGCCCGGGCUCAGCGUCAGGGAUGCAAGGGCAGAAUCAACCGUAUGGAGGGAAUCAGCCGCAACGAAACAGCUAUUAUGGCGGGUCAGGUGGCCAACAAGUCUAUCGGAUGAAUCCUGGGCCGAUACAGCCGUAUGCGUUCACCAGCACACCGACCCUCCACUCGAACAACCAAUGGCAACAUCCUGCGACAUACAGAACCGCUUCCUCUCCGGCAGUUCCUACGAUGCGGGCGUUCAGUGGCUCUGGUUCUCAACAACAACAACAACAACGUGGUCGGUACCCCGGCAGUGUGUCGAUGACGAACCUACCCAGCAGUUCUUAUGCAGAUUAUGGCGCUGGCUCGAGGGAUGAUUCCAGCCUGCCAGCCGUCGGCGGUCGAAGGUAUCCCUCCGCUCCAAGACCCCAGUCGGCUCAUCUUAUUGGCGCUACGACGGCAACCGCAACCCAGGUGACCUUCACACAGGCAACUCCGGUCCGACUCUCUCCCGAACGUUACAGGAGGCCCGCUCCUCGAAUUGUAGACGUUCCUGCCGGAGCGGCAGGUCGACAGCAACUACCUCCCCCACAGUUUGGCGACCAGAGGCUUGCUGUCCCCAGGAACAGGACUCCGUCGAACACCAACCGACCCAACAGUUUCUACAGCUCAACGACGGCUUCUUCGACAGAUGACUUCCAGGCAUACCGCCAUCAGCUUCCCGACGAGCAAAAGCGCCUCAGACGCCGCAGCAUGCCUGCCCUGGAUUCUGCCGAAUACCGUCGACCCUUUACCCCACAGGGUGCCGGCCAGUCUGGAGAAAUGACUGGCCAGAAGGGUCCUGAUUUUCCCCAGACACAGAGUCGUUUGGCUCCUUCACAUGGCGGCAACACCAACACCGCCAGCCUGCCUUCGAGCAAUGGCAGCAGCGAAAGCUUGACGUCUAACCGUAGCAAUGGCUCCCAUCCGUCGUCAGCCAACCGCAACCCUGGCACCCCCACAGCCAACCCCGCCGGGUCUAACACUGCCGCCGAUCAAUCAGCCAACUCGGAUUCCCUCAAGGUUGUCACCAUCCCUCCUCGAGGUUCUUCAUCCGAUGCAUCAAAGACGGUCAAUAAUCCGUCUCCGUUGUCAAAGCCGGUGACGAUGGAUUCAGAGUCGGACGCUGGCGCCAUCGAAACGAAGGGCGAUGCUGCGAACCGACCGGCCUCCAAAAAUGAGUCGCCCGCCCACGCUCAGCCAGGCGACAGCCCGGCUGCUCAGAGAUUGGCCGCCAUUAGCAAAAAUACGGGCAAGUCCAAAAGCAAAACAUCGCGCCUCCGACGCGCAUUCUCUUUCGGAAGCGCUGCCGACUUCAAGAAGGCCGCCGAUGAACACGAAGCCAACCAGGCUGCUCAGGCCAGCACUCCUCCGACCAAACUACAAAAGGAGCCUCCGUCGGAUCCCGUGUACGAUGCCGAACAGGCCAGGAUUGCUCAGCAACAGGAGGAGGCGGGCAUCGGAAACAACAUCUAUGCAGGUGCCAAAAUUUUUUCCAGCUCGACCGACAACCUUUCAAUCUCUUCUACGGCGUCAUCAGCUUCGAUUAUGAUUCGCAAGAUGGGACGCGGAAUGAAGAAGGGAGGUCGUUCUCUUGUGGGACUUUUCCGACCCAAGUCUAUCAUUGGCGCUCCCAUGACGGACUCGCGGAUCCCUGAAGCCAGCCAAGCCGAGGUCUCGAUGAUCACGGCGGAGGCAGAGCGGGAGAAGGUCAAUGUGACGCCCAAUCCUCGCGACCAGGCUGGUGGAGGUGUUGGCUUCCCGCGAUUGGAGCGAAACUCGAUUGAUGCAUCAAAAGUUGACGGAUUGACACCUGAUCACCUUGGUGUUUCGAUUGGCGACCAGCCUAGCUCGCGCAGGAGCAUCAUCGGCGGCGAUAAGGAGCGUGCCGAGGCGCUUGCUGCUGUGCGCACCAAGGGAAUCCUCAAACGCCGAGGCUCUCCCAGUCCACCCCGGGGCAAUGGUUUGCCGGGUGUUCCACAGAUGAGCGACUCGCCAAACUCGAGCGCACCGAGCACGCCUAAUGACGACGUGCAGGCACACAAGCGGGCGGGAUCGGUAGCGAUCGGAAGCGAGGACUACUUUAUGACUGCACUUAGGCUCCGACAGGACACUAAGAGUGCUCCAGUUACUCCUCAAGGUGUCACACCCACUAGCACACUGAGGAGAAACGCAACCUUUAGCCCACGCAUCGUAUUUUACGACACAUGGCCACCUCAAGAGUACGACCGCCGCGGAGAGAUCGCUACAUGCAAUCGCCUCACGCCCAUGUUGGCUCAACAAAUUAAGGAGGAGCUCAACUCCUUCAAGAUGGAGAUGGAGGUUCAUGAGAACUCAAAGAUCUACACGCACUUCUUCUGAUGAUACACUCCUCGGAGAUACGAUGACACAUUAAUGUGGCAGCCUCUUUUCAUUUCGCGCGGGGGUUCGUUCUUUAUGGUAGCCCCUGUGUUGUAUUUGCACAUGUUCCAUUUCCAUGGCGUUUACUUUCUGGACAGCAUAGUAUGGUGUCAGGGCGUCUUUUCUUUGUCGAGGUAAUCUGUCUCACCACCCGGGGUGUCGAGUUGGUUUCAGACAGCCGCACAGCUGAGGCUGGGCAGAUAUUGCACGCGCUACGUAUAGCCGACAACCUGGCAGGUGAUGAGAGUUUGGAGGAAAGCUCGAGGGCUUUUGUGACGCCCCUGGAUGAGCAUCAAUGGGGGCGAGCGACGUUCGCACUUCGGCAAGGAGCUCCCUUUGUCGUAGUGGGCAAUCGCGGAGGCGGUCCUCUGUUUGUCAUACAUUGCUGGUUCAAGGACAGCAUUUUCGGUGGCUUGUUAAAAUUCUGGGCAUAGUUUGGUCUUUUUUCAUUUCCUACUAUCUUUGUUCAUACUUAUUCCUCGAGUGGCAGUCUCGAAUUCCUUUUGCUUUUUGCAAGCAUCCUAAUUUUUCAUUCUGUUUUCCCGUACAUCGGUGCAGCAAGCGAGCGCAUGGGCGGUUGGAAGAGUCAUGUGUGUGCGUGGCCAGCAAGCAACUCGGAAAUCAACUCCAAUAUUGUUCAAAAGAUUCUCAGUAGCUGUUUUGCGAUUUUGUCUGUCUAUUUUAUUUCUUUUGUUUCUAGUUUCUUGCAUCGUUUUUGGAGCGAGCGAGCUCACAAUUUCAGACAGAGACAUGAUUCUUUUCUUUUUCCUUUCAAAUAUACUCUCGCGAUGGAAACGAUUAAAAUAGACCAGAUUGUUUGCGAUGAAGAUUUUUGUUUGCU